AUGAGGAACUUCGCUGUGGUAACAGUUUUACUUCUCUGCAAUCUCAGCUGGAUCUCCGAUUCAGUUUCAGAGUUUUACAUUGUGGAGGUUCAACCUGGCAAAGAAGUCACUCUGCUGUGCACCAAUUAUACCAGCUCUCCUACUCUGAUAAUCUGGUUCCGAGUGUUGCAGCGGCUGGAGCCCCGCUGUAUCUUUUCUAUGUUCAAGGCGUCUGAGGCUGCGUCGUUCUGUGAUGGAUUCCAAAACGGCAAAUUUGAAGUAACAUCCAACAUCUCCACUAUCUUUCUCAAAAUCAACCAAGUGGAUUUAUCUGACUCGGGACUGUAUUUCUGUGGAUAUCACAUAAACAAAAACCCGGUUAUGGUCGGUGCAACGUAUUUAGAGGUUCAAGAAUUGUUUCCUGGAUUUGCAAAGGUGAUGAGCGGGAUCCUGGGUGGUCUGACUGUUUUCCUCGUAAUGGUCAUCAUUGGUCUGGUUGUCAAAAUCAGACAUCUUCAGACAGCUUCAAUCAUCACAAGUCACUUGUUUGAGAUGAGUGACUGGAAAUACUUGUACUCACAGGGCCAAGGCUCAGAUGACCUGAACUAUGCAGCAGUGAGUUUCCGUCCAAGAAGAAAAAGAAGCCUCAGACCUGCAUCAGAGAGAGAAGAGGAGCUAAAGGCUAUUUAUUCUGCCACCAGAUAAACCAAGGAAACACCUGGGACUGGAGCUCAGAGCGGAACUGAUGCUUUAUUUUUAAUCCAUGGUCAUGGUCCCCUCACUUCAAACUCAUCAUAACAUCGAAAUGACUUUCAUGUCGUCAGAAAGUCUUACUUUGUGAGAGAUUGAUGCAAAAUCUGCCAUAUUCUUAUUUAUGCUGAUUUGUGUUCCUUGUCUGUGUCUUAGUUUCUUUCUGUGUGUCAUACGAGGGGCGAUUGAUGAGUUACACGGCUCCUCAGAGAACAUAAUGAAUAGAGCUGAAUAAAAUACCAUUUCUGGGUCUAAUGACUGACUAAAUAUAAGCAACACAUUGCUGCUUUGGCAGGGAGAGACAGCACAGUGUGGUCUGAGCACAGCCGAGGCACACUAACUCACAGCUCUUUGUGAGUGCAAUGAGAAAAGUAAACCAGAACCAGCCUCUACAUGUGUUAUAUAAGCUUUUUUAACACCCAUCACUAUCAGUAUCGUGAGAGAGCUCUUAACCUCUAAAAGGUGUGAGGAGGUGCAGCCUCACAUGAAACCAUUCACUCUGCUCCAGGCUGUACAAGUUUAACACCUGACACAUCAGAGCAAAACUACAGCAGGUGCAGCUCCCAUCUAUUUCCUCUGUGAGAUUUACUCUCACUUCUUCUCAGUGCAGCUACUUGGUUGAUCCCAGGGUGAGGGUUACCUUUCCUUACUAAACAAAUAAAAAUACUAGGCAAAUAAGAGACAAACAAACCAGCUUUGAUUCCUUGUGCAGGACCUGUAUCUCUAUUUCUUGCCAACAUGCAUUUUAGCAAACUCCACUCUGGCUUUUUUCUCAUUCCAAAGCAGGGACUUCCUGGAUCUUCUUCCAUGGAGCCCACUUUAAUUCACAAAGCGACAUAUGUUUUGAAGUGUUCCAUGACUUUCUCCACCGAUUGAACUUUCUUUUCAAUCAGGGGUCGAUUUUCCUCUUGCGGUCACAUCCAGGGAG